CCCUGGCAUGGACCCUCUGGCUCUCUGAGACUGCCCUAGGAUCUGUGGGGCUGUCAGGAGCUCCUACCCUCCAUGCCCCAGGGCUCAUUUUGUACACUUCAGGGACUCACAGGCUUUUUUUGGACCAUGCCUGGGGUUGGGGAAGAGAGAGCCUGACAAACCUCGCCACCCCGAAGAUAUUGGAGGGGAGUGAGUGGGAGGGAUUUGGGUGAGGUCCUUCGGUGGUGGUGCCUGGCAGUGGGAGGGCUGCUUGGCAGUAUCAUGAGGAAGUUGUGCCAGCUGCCAGCCCCAGGACCUGUCCAGACCUGGAGGAUGCUGCCUGGGCCCCCCAUACCGGCAGGUGGGGGAGGCAGCUCCUCCUCUCCCAAGUGCCUCACUCAUUGCCAAAGCAGUGUAGGGAGACUGAAUGGAGAAAGGCCUUGGGUCCCCAGCUUCCAGAGUUUUUCAUAGAAGCCGGGGAAAUAGGACAAGGGAUUGUAUGGGGGUGUCCUGGGGACCACUUUCUGAGGGUUAAGGGCCCUGGAUUUGCCCUUGACUGGCUCUCUGCCUCUGAACAGAGAUCCUCAGGGCCCUUAUUUGUCACAGUGAGGUGAAGGUGACAGCACUGGUUCCAUCUUGCUGCUAUACCUUAUCUGGUGGUUCUCCGGAGAGCAGCUUCCUCGGGUGUUACAUGAGCCAAGCCCUCACUGUACAGAUGAGUGAGAGCUGAAACCUGUUCCCUGAGCUGAUCAGAAGGACAUCCCUUGGCCCCUCCAUCUGGGCCCCUGUGGAUAGGAGGGGCUGGGCGAGCAGGCCAGCUGGGCUAUGGUGUGGUGCCUCGGCCUGGCCGUCCUCAGCCUGGUUAUCAGCCAGGGGGCUGACGGUCGAGGGAAGCCUGAGGUGGUAUCGGUGGUGGGCCGGGCUGGGGAGAGUGUGGUGCUGGGCUGUGACCUGCUGCCCCCGGCCGGCCGGCCCCCCCUGCAUGUCAUCGAGUGGCUGCGCUUUGGAUUCCUGCUUCCCAUCUUCAUCCAGUUCGGCCUCUACUCUCCCAGAAUUGACCCUGAUUACGUGGGACGAGUCCGGCUGCAGAAGGGGGCCUCUCUCCAGAUUGAGGGUCUCCGGGUGGAAGACCAGGGCUGGUACGAGUGCCGCGUGUUCUUCCUGGACCAGCACAUCCCUGAAGACGAUUUUGCUAACGGCUCCUGGGUGCAUCUGACAGUCAAUUCGCCCCCUCAAUUCCAGGAGACACCUCCUGCUGUGUUGGAAGUGCAGGAACUGGAGCCUGUGACCCUGCGUUGUGUGGCCCGUGGCAGCCCCCUGCCUCGUGUGACGUGGAAGCUCCGAGGAAAGGACCUUGGCCAGGGCCAGGGCCAGGGCCAGGUGCAAGUGCAGAACGGGACACUGCGGAUCCGCCGGGUAGAGCGAGGCAGCUCUGGGGUCUACACCUGCCAAGCCUCCAGCACUGAGGGCAGCGCCACCCACGCCACCCAGCUGCUAGUGCUAGGACCCCCAGUCAUCGUGGUGCCCCCCAAGAACUGCACAGUCAAUGCUUCCCAGGAUGUUUCCUUGGCCUGCCACGCUGAGGCAUACCCUGCUAAUCUCACCUACAGCUGGUUCCAGGACAACACCAAUGUCUUCCACAUUAGCCGCCUGCAAUCCCGGGUGCGGAUUCUGGUGGACGGGAGCCUGCGGCUGCAGGCCACCCAGCCUGAUGAUGCCGGCUGCUACACCUGUGUGCCCAGCAAUGGCCUCCUGCAUCCACCCUCAGCCUCUGCCUACCUCACUGUGCUCUACCCAGCCCAGGUGACAGCUAUGCCUCCUGAGACGCCCCUGCCCAUAGGCAUGCCGGGGGUGAUCCGCUGCCCGGUUCGUGCCAACCCCCCACUGCUCUUUGUCAGCUGGACCAAGGAUGGAAAGGCCCUGCAGCUGGACAAGUUCCCUGGCUGGUCCCAGGGCACAGAAGGCUCAUUGAUCAUCGCCCUGGGGAACGAGGAUGCCCUGGGAGAAUACUCCUGCACCCCCUACAACAGUCUUGGUACCGCCGGGCCCUCCCCUGUGACCCGCGUGCUGCUCAAGCCCCUACCCACUGGGGAACAGACACAGAGCCACAGAAGAAUUGAGAGAUGGAGAGAGAAUGAGGUGGAGACAGGCUUGGCUCCCCCGGCUUUUAUAGAGCGGCCCAAGGAAGAAUAUUUCCAAGAAGUAGGGCGGGAGCUGCUCAUCCCCUGCUCCGCCCAAGGGGACCCUCCUCCUGUUGUCUCUUGGGCCAAGGUGGGCCGGGGGCUGCAAGGCCAGGCCCAGGUGGACAGCAACAGCAGUCUCAUCCUGCGACCAUUGACCAAGGAGGCCCACGGGCACUGGGAAUGCAGUGCCAGCAAUGCUGUGGCCCGAGUGGCCGCCUCCACCAACGUCUACGUGCUGGGCACUAGCCCUCAUGUUGUCACCAAUGUGUCCGUGGUGCCUUUGCCUAAGGGUGCCAAUGUCUCCUGGGAGCCUGGCUUUGAUGGUGGCUAUCUGCAGAGAUUCAGUGUCUGGUACACGCCACUGGCCAAGCGUCCUGACCGAAUGCACCAUGACUGGGUGUCCUUGGCAGUGCCUGUGGGGGCUGCUCACCUCCUAGUGCCAGGGCUGCAGCCCCACACCCAGUACCAGUUCAGCGUGCUGGCUCAGAACAAGCUGGGGAGUGGUCCCUUCAGCGAAAUCGUCUUGUCUGCUCCUGAAGGGCUUCCUACCACGCCAGCUGCACCCAGGCUUCCUCCAACAGAGAUAUCCCCUCCCCUGUCCCCUCCACGGGGUCUGGUGGCAGUGAGGACACCCCGGGGGGUACUACUGCAUUGGGAUCCCCCAGAGCUGGUCCCUAAGAGACUGGAUGGCUACGUCUUGGAAGGACGGCAAGGCUCCCAGGGCUGGGAGGUGCUGGACCCAGCUGUGGCAGGCACAGAAACAGAGCUGCUGGUACCAGGCCUCAUCAAGUCUUUCCGCGCACCGCUGGGAUGGGCGGUGCUGGGCCCUGACCUCCCUCCUGGCACUCCAUCCCCAUCGCAGGAUGUUCUCUAUGAGUUCCGCCUCGUGGCCUUCGCAGGCAGCUACGUCAGCGACCCCAGCAACACGGCCAACGUCUCCACUUCUGGUCUGGAGGUCUACCCUUCGCGCACGCAGCUGCCGGGUCUCCUGCCCCAGCCUGUGUUGGCCGGCGUGGUGGGCGGGGUCUGCUUCCUAGGCGUGGCCGUCCUCGUGAGCAUUCUGGCCGCCUGCCUCAUGAACCGGCGCAGGGCUGCCCGCCGCCGCCGCAAGCGCCUCCGCCAAGAUCCACCUCUUAUCUUCUCUCCGACCGGGACAUCAGCUGCACCCUCUGCUCUGGGCUCAGGCAGUCCUGACAGCGUGGCGAAGCUGAAGCUCCAGGGUUCCCCAGUUCCCAGCCUGCGCCAGAGUCUGCUCUGGGGGGAUCCUGCCGGAACUCCCAGCCCCCACCCAGAUCCUCCGCCUAGCCGGGGACCCUUACCCCUGGAGCCCAUUUGCCGGGGCCCAGAUGGGCGCUUUGUGAUGGGGCCCACUGUGGCGGCCCCCCAGGAAAGGUCAGGCCCGGAGCAGGCAGAACCUCGGACUCCAGCCCAGUGUCUCGCCCGGUCCUUUGACUGUAGCAGCAGCAGCCCCAGUGGGGCGCCCCAGCCCCUCUGCAUUGAAGACAUCAGCCCUGUGGCGCCCCCUCCAGCAGCUCCACCCAGUCCCUUGCCAGGUCCUGGACCCCUACUCCAGUACCUGAGCCUGCCCUUCUUCCGAGAGAUGAAUGUGGAUGGGGACUGGCCCCCUCUUGAGGAGCCCAGCCCUGCUGCACCCCCAGAUUACAUGGAUACCCGGCGCUGCCCCACCUCAUCUUUCCUUCGUCCUCCAGACACCCCUCCUGUGUCCCCCAGGGAAUCACUUCCUGGGGCUGUGGUAGGGGCUGGGGCCACUGCAGAACCCCCUUACACAGCCCUGGCUGACUGGACACUGAGGGAGCGGCUGCUGCCAGGCCUUCUCCCUGCUGCCCCUCGAGGCAGCCUCACCAGCCAGAGCAGCGGGCGAGGCAGCGCUUCGUUCCUGCGGCCCCCCUCCACAGCCCCCUCUGCUGGAGGCAGCUACCUCAGCCCUGCUCCAGGAGACACCAGCAGCUGGGCCAGUGGCCCUGAGAGAUGGCCCCGAAGGGAGCAUGUGGUGACAGUCAGCAAGAGGAGGAACACAUCUGUGGACGAGAACUAUGAGUGGGACUCAGAAUUCCCUGGGGACAUGGAAUUGCUGGAGACGUUGCACCUGGGCUUGGCCAGCUCCCGGCUCAGACCUGAAGCUGAGCCAGAGCUAGGUGUGAAGACUCCAGAGGAGGGCUGCCUCCUGAACACUGCCCAUGUUACUGGCCCUGAGGCCCGCUGUGCUGCCCUUCGGGAGGAAUUCCUGGCCUUCCGCCGCCGCCGAGAUGCUACUAGGGCUCGGCUACCAGCCUAUCGACAGCCAGUCCCUCACCCCGAACAGGCCACUCUGCUGUGAACACCCCUAAUGUGAGGCUGGGAAAAGGCAUAUGGACCUGCAAAGGAGGCCCCCAACCAGACUGACCUAGCUUCAACCUAGGACACUGCCCCUGCCUGCCCCUUUGGUGCCCAGACCCUGAUAGUGGAUAGUGAGCCUGGGUCACCUUGGUAUGGAAUGUAUGUGCUGACCCCCUAGGUGAGUCUGGGGAUUGGAACAGGGAUCUUAGGUCUGCCCCCCCCCCUUGUGUGUGUGUGUGUGUGUGUGUGUGUGUGCGAAGUUUUUUACAGGUGAAUAAACAAAGUUUGAAAGAUG